AUGUCUCCACCUCAACCACAGUCACGGCCCGAGCAGUCGCCCGAUGCUCAACCCCAACCGGCACCGCAGCAACGUCCACCAACGCAGACGCGUACUCCACAGGUAGUGAUCGAAACGAGACGACCAGCUACGCAGAACCCACCGAAUCCAGUGCCUUCGCGAGCGCCUGUUGCUCUGCCUCGAGAGUCAGCUAUAGACUUGCAACCCGUGCUUUUAGGUCUAGCUGAUCAAUAUGUCAGCAAAGCUCAUGGAAUGUCUUCAUAUUUAGCCCGCAAUCCUCAAGAAGUCGAUGUCGAUCAAUACUACAGCCUCAUGUCUGCCGGUCUUGGCUGCAUGGAGUCAGUACUGAAAAACUGGAAAUUUCCGGAUCCGAAGAUCGAGGCACGGUUGCAGCUACGGUACGCGAAUCUCCUGCUCGAAGAGACGGAAAAUGACGGAGAGCUGCAAGAUUUACUUACCAGGGGUGUUGCGUUGUGUGAGCGGAAUCGCCUUGUUGAUCUCAAGUACAGCAUGAAGCACGUUCAAGCUCGAUCCUUGUUCCGCACACAUCCUCGAUCUGCUCUCAAAAUGGUGGAUCAAAUGAUUGAGCUAACCGAGACAUACGCGCAUUAUUCCUGGAUGUACGUCUUCCGAUUCUUGCACGUAUCAUUCUCGCUUCAAUUGUCGCGUCCGGACUUGUCAGCAGCUUUGCAACAGCUCCGUCGGACCUCUCAGCAUGCAGAGAAGCAAAGACAGUACCCCGUACUCACUACGUGCUCAGCUCUGGAAGCAUUGAUUCAUCUGCGAAGUGGCCAAGCGGACUCGGCGGAUAACUUCCAGAGAUCGUUGGCGGCAGCACGUACUCACCAGUUGAACCGCGAGGUCACUGACAUUUCACAAAUUGCGACCUUGCUGGACUGUCUUGAUCUAUGUAGUGAUCUCAUCAAUGGAAAGCCGGAUCAGCUUCCUGACAAGAUGAAUGUCAUGCAAAGAGCGUUGGACAGUGGCAAGAGAAAGAAAUCCCCAGACGGAAGUUUUGCUGUACCAACGGCCGAGACUGCGCCCGCUGAUAUUUCUCUCGACACGGGUGGCAUCAUGCAGAGAACAGACGAUGGAAAACGUGCCAUUGUCUUCCAAUGGCUACGUAGAAGUGAACUGUUUGCUCUCGGCUACAUCCUGAGCGGACUGGCCAGUUCUAGUAAGAAUGCGAUUGAUCACAAGUCUGAGAGAUACGUAGUCGAGGGCGACAAACUCACAACAAGCAAGUAUGACUACAACCCCGAGAACGAGCGCAAGGUUCAAUCGCUGCAAUGUUCCUCGGCCCACUUGGAUCGACGCGUGUUCUAUCACAAAGUGUGUUUGCACUUGCUCGCUUCGCUCAAAUGUGAGCGCGCCGAUUGGCAAGGCGCUAGAGAAGUGUUGGAACGAUUGACCGAAGGCAUGAACAUGGAGGACAUCGACGAACAAGACUUUGUGCAAGUAUCUGCGCUCUAUCUAACAGGCACAGUCAAGCAGGCGACAGGUGAUCUUGAAGGCGCCUUGGAGUGCUAUAGGAGCCCGGCGUUGACGUUACAGCCCACGCAAAAGCCAACGGCCAACCAAGACCUUCGCAUCCUGGCUACACUCAACAUGAUACUGAUUCUGAGACCCCGCCGGGAGUCGCGAGAACAUAUCGACCAUCUCAUGAACCUUGUGGAACCAUUAUGCGAGAACCAUCCGAACGUCAAUUACAAGUCUGCAUUGUACAUUGUCAGAGCAUCGUCGACAAGCGCACUACCCAUUCUCAAGAUGAAGCACUAUCUAUCGUCGUCGGCCAACAUUGCCAAGAAGCAAGGGAACGCCCUGCUGCUUUGUGUGGCAAUCAAUCUGAUGACAUCGAACUUCUUUGUAAGCAUCAUAGGGGAGAAGGCAGAACUGUCGGCAGGAUCAGGAAAGAGGCUUGCCGAUAGAACGCAUGUACCGCUGUGGCAGGGUGUUGCUAAUCAGCUGCUGGCCGAUACCCUGAACUUUGGCGGCAAGAGAGCCGAGAGCAACGAAGCAAGUGUCGAAGCACAGAAGUGGGCGCAGAAGGUGCCCGAGAGGGUGCAAACGCAGCUCGGGGUGACCAGGUAG